AUGGCUCGAUUUGAAGGGCGGCAGAAUGAGGGCCACAUGGUGGUGGGCCACGACGCAGGUGUCUCCAGCGCGCCCUUCGCGGCCUGCCGCGUGCCGGCCACGCGCGCGCACCUCUCCAAAGAUAGCUUGCGCAUCGACAUGGAGAUCCAGUUCCCCAAGAAGGAGAAGAAGAAGGCCAAAGCGUGGUCGGCGGCCAAGCGGAACACCGGGUCGAUGCUGAGCCACAUCUUCACGGAGCAGAAAUAUCCUGAGCCUGUGUACUUCCAGAGCGUGGAUUGCGUGGGCAUUCCUCAUUUCCUGUCACCCAAGGAGUGUCGGAAGAUCAUUGACUUUGCCGAAGCACAAGGCUUCAGCCGGCAGAACCGACAUCGGGUCCUGAACAUGAUGUGGAGCGAUUUGAUCGACCCCUUCUUGGUGGAAGCCUUAUGGCAGGUUUGUGGACUGGGCUGGUUCUUGCGGAAGCUCACGAUCGACGGGGAGGUGCCGUGUGGGCUGAACGACGUGGUCCGGAUCCAGAAGUUCGGCCCCGGCGGCGUGUUUGGCAAGCAUACGGAUCAGCCGGUGCGGCGCGCGGACGGACGGAACUCCAAGUACUCCCUGCGGAUCUUCUUGAAUGGAAAAGAGGACGAGGCCUUUGAGGGUGGCCUGAGCGCCUUCCAUGUGGCCUUCCGGCCGAAGCCUGUGGUCUUCGAGCCUGAAGCGGGCUUAGCCUUGAUCUACCCGCAGGGGGAGUUCUGCCAGGUCCAAGAAGAGUUGGAGGUGUGGACGGACGCCACGCCAUUUCGUGACGGCUACAAGUAUUCCGACUUGGUCGAAAAGCUUUUGAACAAAGAACCAGAAGGCGACCUGGGAAAGGGGCGAAACCCUGCGUGGAGGAAGGAAAAAAAGAUGACGGCAAUCUCAUGGUUGAGGCCUCUGUGCAACCGAAGGGUUGAAGGACCAGUCCUCUGA